AUGCACGACUUUUCGUUCGCGCCAAAGAGCAAAGACGCGCGAAAACAACAACAGCAAACACUUGAUGAUUCCAAGCAGCAUCAUCAACAGCAGCAGGAUAAUCAGCAGCAGCAGCAGCCAGCGAAAGGAACCGCCGCGAUGCCCACCGUGCCAAGAUCACUGAGCGAUGGCGACAACGGCGCCAAGCGUCGUGUGGAGCGCUCUGCGUCUGGGUCGAAGAAAUGGAAGGCUGGUGGCAAGAACAGCAACCCUGAAAGCCAGGACUCGGCGUUUGUCGAUGAGCUGGGCGACAUGGGCACAAACGGCGAGCGCAUCUCUGACGUGGCGCGCCCACCUGCCAAACCCAUGGAUUCCAGCAAAGAGGCGUUUGUGUUCCAGCAGCUGGAUCUCGACUCGUACCUGGACGUGCCGCUGCCCGGCAUGCCCGGUCCGCAGCGCGGGAACGUGCAGAUUUUCCGGCUCUUUGGCGUCACCAAGGGCGGCAACAGCGUUCUGAUGCACGUGCACGGGUUCUGCCCCUUCAUCUACACACCAGCGCCUGCCAACUUCACCCCGUCCAUGCUUGGCGAGUUCAAGAUGGCACUCGACAAGCAGAUCAAGGAAACCACGUCCAGCGCAAAGGACGUGCCUGAGGUCGUGAUGAUGGUGGAAAUUGUCAGCAAGGAGAGCAUCUACGGCUUCCACGCAACGGGCAAACGGCCCUUCCUCAAGAUUUAUCUUGUGCAGCACAAGUUCAUCAACCCUGCCCGCCGCGCUCUUGAGCAAGGCACCAUCACCCUCUCAAAGCUCGGCACCCUAUCGUAUGAGGUGUACGAGAGCAAUCUUGAACUCAACCUUCGCUUCAUGGUGGAGACGCAGCUGGUUGGGUGCAACUGGGUGGAAGUUCCUGCCGGCAAAUACAAAUUCCGCUCCUUCUCCUCCACGCCAAAGCCAGUCUCACUUGCGCAGUAUGAGCUUGAUGUCGCGUUUGAUGCGUUCAUUUCGCACCCGGCGGAGGACGAGUGGCAGCAGAUUGCGCCGCUUCGGAUUUUGUCGUUUGACAUUGAGUGCGCGGGCCGCAAGGGCGUGUUCCCCGAGCCAGACAAGGACCCCGUCAUCCAGAUUGCAAACAUGGUGCAAGUUGAAGGCGAAUCGAAGCCGUUUGUGCGGAACGUAUUCACGCUCGGCACUUGUGCCCCCAUUGUCGGCUCAAAGGUGAUUGCUUGCAAGACGGAGAUUGAGCUGCUGGAAUCCUGGUCCGCUUUUGUCCGCGAGUGCGAUCCGGACAUUGUCACAGGAUACAACAUCACCAACUUUGACCUGCCCUUUCUGAUGAACCGUGCGAAGCACCUCGGGGCGAGGAAAUUCCCCUAUCUGGGCCGGUUGCGUAAUGUGCAGUCGAAGCUCUCCGAAACAAAGUUUUCGUCCAAAGCGUACGGCACGCGCGAGAGCAAAGUGACGUCCAUGGAGGGGCGUGUCCCGCUCGACGUUUUGCAGAUUCUUCAGCGCGACUACAAGCUGCGGUCGUACACGCUGAACAGCGUCUCCGCCCACUUUCUCAGCGAGCAGAAGGAGGACGUGCACCACUCGAUUAUCACGGAUCUGCAGAAUGGCAAUGACGAGACGCGCCGUCGCCUUGCUGUCUACUGUAUGAAGGACGCAUACCUCCCCCUCAGGCUGCUGUCGAAGCUGAUGUGCGUGGUGAACUACAUGGAGAUGGCGCGUGUGACGGGCGUGCCGCUGAGCUAUCUCCUGAGCCGCGGGCAGCAGAUCAAGGUCAUCUCGCAGCUCAUGCGCCACGCGGGCCAGCACGACCUCGUCAUCCCCGUCCACGAACGCCAGGGCUCGGAUGAGCAGUACGAAGGCGCCACCGUUAUCCAGCCCAAGAGAGGGUACUAUGACACGCCGAUUGCGACGCUUGAUUUCAGCUCGCUGUAUCCGUCCAUCAUGAUGGCACACAACCUGUGCUACACGACGCUGCUGUCGCCGCAGGAACGCAGCCACCUCCACCCGGACGACUACAUCAAGACACCAAACGGCGAUUACUUUGUCAAGAACAAAGUGCGCAAAGGCCUGCUGCCUCUCAUUCUGGAGUCGCUGUUGUCUGCGCGCAAACGCGCCAAGGCUGAUCUGAAGAAGGAGACAGACCCGUUUCGGAAGUCUGUUCUCAAUGGACGGCAGCUUGCCUUGAAGAUUUCGGCCAACUCUGUGUAUGGGUUUACGGGCGCCACUGUGGGCAAGCUGCCCUGCCUGGCGAUUUCGUCAUCCGUCACCGCAUUUGGGCGCGAAAUGAUUGAAGCGACGAAGCAGCACGUCGAAAGCAGGUACAAUGUGAAGAACGGGUACAAGCACGAUGCUGUGGUCAUUUACGGCGACACGGAUUCCGUCAUGGUCAAGUUUGGCCUCGACAGCCUGGAGGAGACGAUGAAGGUUGCCCAGGAGGCGGCGGAAUACGUCACGAGCAAAUUCAUCCGUCCAAUUAACCUCGAAUUCGAGAAGGUGUACUUCCCAUAUCUGCUCA